ACAGGAAACUGUCUAGACCAAUGUAACAUAACCCACUUUCGUUUUAUUAUAUAUUUUCCAUCUGUAUAUAUAUAUAUAUAUAUAUAUUCAUAUCAUACCUUUGAAUAAUAUUAUAUAUAUAGCAAGAAUCUUCCACUAGUUUUCUCUAUUCAAUGAUUUUUAGUAGAUGAGUUUUUCUUGAUAUCAUUUGAAUUGGGGUUUUGAAAGGAAUAUGAAAGAUCAUACUGUGGAAAGAUUUGUGAUUCUUCCUUUUGCCAUUGGUUGCUCUUCUGAUUCCAGCAUUGCUCUUCGCACCAAAAAUGGCAUUAAAGCUAAAAAAACAAAAUCAGAGCCAAACCCUCCUCUAAUAAGAACACGAGAAAAAGAAGAGACAAGUUCAUCCAAAUUAGUGAAAGUGAAGAACAGUUUCAGUUUUCUAGCUCUACCAAAGCCUAACAUUUCAAAUGGCAUGCACAGAUUGAUAAGAAGCAUUAAAAGUUUUUCUCAAUUGUUUGUUUAUAAAGAAGAGAUUGAGGAAAUUGAAAAGGAGAUUGAUAUUGGAUUUCCAACGGAUGUGAAGCAUGUGACACACAUAGGAUUGGAUGGGUCAGCCACUACAAACCCUAUAAGGGGUUGGGAAAAUCUCAAUGCUCCAGAAUUGCUUUCUUUUCCUUCUAUUUCUUUCAAACAGUUUGAGCUUGCCAUGGCUGCACAGUCUCAGCAACCUCUUGUUGUUGACCUUCAAAGUUAAAGAGAAAAUCUCAAUUAAUUCAAAGAUUGAUUCUUUUUUAUGAUUUAUAGGUUUUAUUUCUUUGUCCUCUCAUUGUUAGACAAUGAAAGCGUUUUUGUGAGGAAGAAGGAAGGCCAAAAAAAAAAAAAAAGAUUAGAUUGUGUGCUUGGAAUUCAUAUAUAGAGAUCAAAACAAUGUUGACAUGAAAUAUUCAAUUUGUUCUUUUUCUUUUUAUUGUUGUUGAAACUAUCUCUCUCUGUUUCGAACUUUGAGAAACUAGUUGACUUUUGUAGAAUUUGUUUAAGGAUUGGUUUUAUUGCAUAAGAAGGGUGGGAAUCAUCCAUCUGUAUGUAUAACAAAUUUUAAUGUUCUAACUUUCAAUUGUAAUGUC